AUGCCUGUGUUCAGUGGCCUGUUGAAGGUGCGAGUGUGUGAGGCAGUGGACCUGAAGCCCACCCCGUGGGCCCUGCGUCACGCCGUGGGGAAGAGCGGCUCCUUCCUGCUGGACCCCUACCUGGCCCUCAAUCUGGACCAAACCCGGCUCGGCCAGACGGCCACCAGGACCAAGACCAACAGCCCCGCCUGGCACCAGGAGUUCUGCACCGAGGUCCGUGAGGGACGGAGCCUGGAGCUGUCUGUUUUCCACGAUGCGCCCAUCGGAUACGACGACUUCGUGGCCAACUGCACCAUCCAGCUGGAGGACCUGCUGCAGAACGGCACCAGACACUACGAGGACUGGAUCGACUUGGAGCCGGAGGGGAAGGUGUACGUGGUCAUCGAUCUGUCCGGAUCGUCCACUGAAGCCUCGGGGACCAACGAGAAUGAGGAGCGGGUGUUCCGGGAGAGGAUCGGCCCUCGCCGGCGUCAGGGCGCCGUCCGACGACGCGUCCACCAAGUCAACGGACACAAGUUCAUGGCCACCUACCUGAGACAACCAACCUACUGCUCACAUUGCAGAGAUUUUAUCUGGGGCGUGCUGGGCAAGCAGGGAUACCAGUGUCAGGUGUGCACGUGUGUCGUCCACAAGCGCUGCCACGAGCUCAUCAUCACCAAGUGUGCCGGGAUGAAGAAGCAGGAGGACACACCUGAGGAGGUGGGUUCCCAGCGGUUCAGUGUUAACAUGCCCCAUAAGUUCAGUAUCCACAACUACAAGGUUCCCACCUUCUGUGACCACUGUGGCUCCCUGCUGUGGGGCCUCAUGAGGCAGGGCCUGCAGUGCAAAGUGUGUAAGAUGAAUGUGCACAGACGGUGUGAGACCAAUGUAGCUCCUAACUGUGGUGUGGACGCCCGAGGAAUCGCUAAGGUCCUGUCUGACCUGGGAGUCACACCUGAUAAGAUCUCCAACACCGCACAGCGCAGGAGGAAGUUGACUCCAGGGCAGGACCCUCCCCAGUCUCCUCCUGAGCUCUCCACGACUGAGGACAACAGCUUCAGCCAGCCAGCUGUCCCCACCUCCCCCUCACAGCAGGACUUGGCAGGGCUGGAUCGCCUGCAGGACGCGCUGUCACUCGACCAGCAGGGACCCCAGCACUCGUCCUCCUCUUCUUCUUCUUCUUCCUCCUCCACCACCUCCUCUUCCUCCACGUCCUCCUCGUCGGCAGGCAGGGAGAACGGACAGAUCCAGAGGAGGACCCUCAAGGACUUCAACUUUAUCAAGGUCCUCGGCAAAGGCAGCUUCGGCAAGGUGAUGCUGGCAGAGCUGAAGGGGACGGAGGAGGUUUACGCCGUCAAAGUGCUGAAGAAGGACGUGAUCCUGCAGGACGACGACGUGGACUGCACCAUGACAGAGAAGCGCAUCCUAGCCCUCGCCCGCCGACACCCCUACCUCACCCAGCUCUACUGCUGCUUCCAGACACGAGACCGUUUGUUUUUUGUAAUGGAAUAUGUGAACGGUGGAGACCUGAUGUUCCAGAUUCAGCGAUCCAGGAAGUUUGACGAGCCUCGCUCUCGUUUCUACGCUGCCGAAGUCACCUCUGCCCUCAUGUUCCUGCACCGCAACGGGGUCAUCUACAGGGAUCUGAAGCUGGAUAACAUCCUGCUGGAUGCAGAGGGACACUGUAAGCUGGCAGACUUCGGCAUGUGCAAAGAGGGCAUCAUGAACGGAGUGACCACCACGACCUUCUGCGGCACGCCAGACUACAUCGCCCCCGAGAUCCUGCAGGAGCUGGAGUACGGCGCCUCAGUGGACUGGUGGGCGCUGGGGGUGCUGAUGUACGAAAUGAUGGCCGGGCAGCCUCCGUUUGAAGCCGAUAACGAAGACGACUUGUUCGAGUCGAUCCUCCACGACGACGUCCUCUAUCCCGUGUGGCUCAGCAAAGAGGCUGUCUCCAUCCUCAGAGCGUUUAUGACCAAGAACCCGGCCAAGCGUCUAGGCUGCGUGGUGAGCGCGGGCUGCGAGGAGGCCAUCAAGUCCCACGCCUUCUUCAGAGAGAUCGACUGGGUGCUGCUGGAGCAGAGGAAGGUCAAACCACCCUUUAAACCCCGAAUUAAGACCAAGCGAGAUGUGAAUAACUUCGACCAGGACUUCACCAAGGAGGACCCCGUGUUGACGCCCACGGACGAGGCCAUCAUCCGACAGAUCAACCAGGAGGAGUUCAAGGACUUCUCCUACUGCGCCCCCGAGGAGACGCAGACCUAACACACACAUAUGGACACACACACACACACACACACACACACACACACACACUGAUCCAAAAACACUAAACCUGGCAUGCAUGUACGCACACAAUGCUGACCAUAAAUCCCUUUACACACACACACACGCACACACACAAUCACACCUUUACUUUGAAGCUAUUGGUUGUUGUUACUUUUUGGAAUAUUCUUUACUUGCAUUGUGUUGUUCUUGUUGCCUGGGUUUAUUAUGAAUAUAAAUAUGAAUAUUGACUAUGAAUAUGAAUAUACACACCUGCACAUGCUGUCACACACACACACACACACACACACAUUGAAAUCCCAUGUUUUACUCACACAAACACGCUGUCACACACCUACGAGCUCACUGCACAUGCUCAGACAAGCACACACACACACACACACACACACACACGCACACACACACUGCUUCUCUCCCCAGCACACAUGUGGACUGUACAGUAGGUGCUGGGUGCAGAGGCCUGUAUAUAGCCUGUGUUGAGUGGCUGUAUUGUGUUGGUAUCGUCUGCUAGUAAAGGAGCGUCGUGGCGCAUGGACAAGCACCCUACCUGUGUUAUUACUGUCCUUAUUGUGGACCAGUUAGGGCCAAAUACCCUUUUGUGCAAUACCCUGACUAUCUAUAUAUUUUACGGUUUUUGUUUGUUCAUGUGUUAUUUUUGUCUGUUUUUUCUCCUGGAAAAUGUUUCUUUAUUUGUGGUAUGAGUGAAUUUUUUUUUUUUUUUUUUGCUCUCAUCAUGCGACAGUUCCCGUCUCGUGUGCACAAACUGAAUGUCGAGCUUUACAAGUUACAGGCUAUCGAAACUAAUUAUGCGGAGCGGAGAGUGUUACAGGCGGCCUGUGUAGCAGUUUUAAAAAAAGAAGAAGAAAAAAAAAAAAAAGAGCCCGAUUUUUCCAGCUACUUCAUCCAUCUGCUAGUCUCAGAGUCCGUGUCUGUCCUGCCGGCGUGAAUGUGCUGGCGCGUGGGCGUUAUUUUGUCGUGAAUGUACAUUUUUCGUACGUGUGAAUGCGUGGUUUUAUUCCCCUCCUCCCUCCUCUCCCCGUGAGUGUGUGACUUUUUGUCUUCAGCAUUUCUGUUUCUAUAGUUACCAUCAGUGUUUAUCUUCACCCCCCCUCCCCUCCCUUUUCCUCCAAAGCACCAAUUCCCCUUCCCCUCCGCCUCCCCCGCCUCCAGCAGCCGUCUCACUCAGCCAAAAAUCACUCUCUGCUUUUCUGACUUGUUUGCUUGUUUUUUUUUCAAGAAUGGCUUUUUUUCUUUUUCUUAUUGCUCUCUUUCUUUCUUUCUUUCAUUCUUUUUUAUUAUAAUAAUUAUUAUUAUUGUAAAGUGUAUCUGGAGGAAACCUUUGUGUAUUAUACUAUAACUAUACUAUCAUAGGUCUGUUACAGCCGGGUGAAAAGAAAUGUGGAAAACCAGCAGCUGAAUUACCUCUUAUUUCAAAGACACACACACACACACACACGCACACACACACACACAGACUCCUCCCUCCUCUCUCUUCUUUCUCACUCUCAAUCACACACACACACACACACACACACACACACACACACAGAGAAGGACUGUUGUCGCGUGUACUGUACAGUGAUCUGAAGGCGAGCUGGUUUGCUCUGUGUGCAGUAGAGUCGGUGUGUAGUGAAGCUUCGUGCACCCAGGGGUAGGGCUGUUCCUGGUCACAUCUAUCUUACUCUGUGCCAAAAUGUAGUGCAACAGCCAGGCUAGUCCUGUCUGGUCUGAUUCCAAUAAAACACUGAGCUGUCUACAUCA